UAAAGGCACAGACUGUACACUCUUCACACCAGUCACCAGUCCCCACUGAUGAUCUGGAAGUCUCUGGAUGUUUCUGUAAAGAUCUGACAAAGAUAUAAAGCUAGAGGUGUUUACAGCAUCGGUGGCAAAGAUUCACACCUACUCUCCUGAUCAUUCAGACGGCUUUACCGAGAUUUCUCCAGAAGACUUUGGAAUUUUUCUCAUCCUUGGACUUUUAGUAUCAAGCUAACGUCUAAUUUUUGAGAAAUCUUUGGCUUAUAUAUAUAUAUUAUAUAUAUAUUCUUUAAAAAGAGCUACAACAACAAAAAGAAUUUCAACUCAAGAUUUUAUAAACCUUAAAAAGGCAAAAAAAAUCUUUGUCUCGUUUGUUAUUGUGUCACUAUGAGUAGCGGUGGGGUAUCUACAGUUCCACCACAGGAGCCUCUGGCUUUUAAAAGUGCUGUCCGGAAGUUAAAGUCUGCCGCCAUGGUGGCCAACUUAGCCAAGAGUUGGCAGGGAUGGGCAAACGAGCAUACAGGGAAGCAAGACGCCAUCCCGAGUGGCUGGAUGCCUUCAUCUAUUGAGGAGGAAGACAAAAAAGAGCGUAAUCAUGUGGUCAAACUCAACGUUACUCCACGGGUUAUCGCAGUAGAUUCCCAACAGAGCAGUGAGAACAAAAUCCGGUCCUGCUCUGUCAUCAAGACCAUCCCGCUGAAAAUCAGUGAGUGCAGCAGCAGCAAUGUGGUAAACGCCAUCCGGGACAAGAUGGAGUCUGGUCCCGAAGAGAGCAAGCCAUUUCUUGGCAACGAGUCUCCGACACGGAGACGCCACAUGCGGGCACUACAGAAUGCAGGAGGAGGGCUUAUCCAGGACAAGAAGAUGAUGCUGGAGGAGAAGAAGAAGCUGGGCUCCCGGAGCAGCAGUGUGGACACGGAGGACAGCGGUCUGGGAGAGGAGGCCAGCCUCAGCGAUAACAGCGAAUCCAAAUGUGAGCAAAGUGGCAUUCAGCAGCAAAAAAAGACCAACAAACCGAAGAUUAAGAUUGCCACUGUGGAUGACAUCAAAAACAGAUGGCAGCAGUGGUCUGUGCAGCACAUUGAAGGCCAAAAGCUCAACCCCUUCAGUGAGGACUUUGACGCUGAGUAUGCCAUGUCCCAGCGUCUCCGCAAGGGCGACUCUGGCUACGGUCGACCCAAAGACGGCUCAAAGACUGCUGAGCGCGGCGACCGAGCCCAGAAGCACAUCCACAGAGAGAUGGAGGAGAUGGUGUGGAUCAUCAGAGACAUGGGCUUUAAAGACAAGGAAGGUCGGACCAUCAUCACAUUCGGCCGGCUCUUUGAGCGAUACGUCAAGAUCUCGGAUAAAGUGGUUGGCAUCCUGCUGCGCUGCCGCAAACACAAGAUGCUGGACUUUGAGGGCGAGAUGCUGUGGAAAGGACAGGAUGAUGAUGUCAUCAUCACUUUGAGGGACUAAGAUAAAAACAAACCUGUCAGCAAAGUAAAUUAUCUGCAGCUUAACACAAAAAUGUAGAGCUUUUAAAGCAGGAGUCAGGCAGACAAUGUAGUUUACGUUCAGCAGUUCACCAUUUAAACUUUAAAUCUGACACGUUUCUAUUAAAAUGAACACUAGGAGCCACAUGGAAACACUCUAAUAGAUCAUGAGGCGACAGCCAACUAUGUUUAUCAUGAGAACCUCGCUAGCUAUGCUUCAUCCUAUAUGUCUGGAGAAUGUGCCACGAUGCUAGCUAUGCUUUAAGGCUUUUAACUGCACCCAACAAAACAUCACAGCCAGCAAAGACAAACUUAGCUCAUUUUAUGUAAGCGAUAUUUUUAGGCAUUUAUCUAUAGAGUGGAUGAAUCCACUUGCAUGAUAAUUAAAUAUAAUAAUAAGCUGGGAAAUGAAAAUGUGUGCACAUAAACUUUUUUAAUUUUAAAGGCAAUGUACCUUUAAAGCCUUAAAACUGGAUAGUCUGUAACAUUCUUUAUAACAUUCAUUACAUUUAUACCAUUAAAUCAUUCAUAACAUUCAGUACAAGUUUGUUUUGAAAAUUAUGGAUGUUGGCAUCUUUCUUUGUUAAUUGGGAAGGAGCCAAAAAUUUAAUUUAACUUGAAAAGGCCCAGUUGUCUGUUUGUAGCGUCAUACAGCUCAAGGUUAAGUCAGGCUGUUAGCUUUUUUAAAAGAGAAUGAUGAGAGAUGAGAGCUGGAUAUUUGAAAAAUCCUUGGCAACACAAUAGCAAAUUGAUUUAAAUAAAUUUAGAUAAUUUUGGAUCUAAGUUGUUCCUGUUCACUCGUCUUUUGAAAAAUAUACCCCACACUACUUAACAUGAAUCGGGUUAAAACUAUCAGAAAUAUUUUUUUACUGUUAUAAAUGUCUGAAUUCUUAGAAAGCAGAGAUGGUGAAAUGUUUAGAAAUGUUCUUUCAAACUGAAAGUGUGUGAAUCUUCUUACAGAAGAAGUUUUUAUAAAUACAUGUGUGAAAAACCUUUCUGUGUCGUGUGAUAUUGUUGUCAUCUUUGUUGCCACACAUAAAACAGUAAAGGCUGAAGGUUUAA